UUUUGUUUUUUGUUUUUGUAGAAACGGUGUGUUACCACCUUGCCUAGGCUGGUCUCAAACCCUGGGCUCAAACAAUCCUCCUUCUUUGGCCUCCCAAAGUGCUGGGAUUACAGGCAUGAGCCACUGCACCUGGCCUGAAUUUCAGUUUUUAAUCAAGUGUCACUUGAUAACUCUGAGUGACACUGCUGAUCCUGUAACAUGGAGGAUUGUCUUCAUACCUCAUCUGAGAAUCUGUCCAAAUUGGUCAGCUGGGCCCACAGCCAUGGGACUAUUUGCAGCCUCAUUCCAAACCUGAAACACUUGCUUUCUGAAGGUUCCCAUGGGAACCUGACAGCAAUGUGGGGCUGUAGUGCUGGCCAUGCUUAUCACUGGCCACUAACAGCUACUUGCAGAGCUGGGUCCCAAGAGAGGGUCUGUUUCCAGGAUAACAGAAGUUUUAACUCUGAUAGUCCCAGUAUAAUCGGGGUGCCCUCUGAGACACAGACUAGCCCUGUUGAAAGGUACCCUGGGAGACCAGUGAAAGCAAAGCUAGACUGUAACCGGACCAGAGACUCUUGUGACUUCUCCUACUGUAGUGAGCCCUCUGAACUGGAUGAAACUGUUGAAGAAUAUGAAGAUGAGAACACCCUGUUUGACAUGGUUUGUGAGUCUUCUGUUACAGAUGAGGAUAGUGACUUUGAACCCCAAACCCAAAGGCCUCAAAGCAUUGCUCGCAAAAGAGCUGGGGUAGUCCCAUCUUCCCUCCAUUCAAGCUCCCAGACGCAGACGGUUGACGAAUGCAGCAAUGAUGUCAUCAUCAAGAAAAUCAAACAAGAAAUCCCCGAAGAUUAUUACAUUGUGGCAAAUGCAGAACUGACAGGAGGAGUAGAUGGACCAGCCCUGUCCUUGACACAGAUGGCAAAACCCAAGCCUCAGACUCACGCUGGUCCCUCCUGUGUAGGGUCUGCUAAACUGAUUCCCCAUGUCACAUCUGCCAUCAGCACGGAGCUAGACCCACACGGUAUGUCUGCAUCCCCCUCUGUGAUCUCCAGACCAAUUGUCCAGAAGACUGCUAGGGUAUCUCUGGCUUCACCAAACAGAGGACCCCCUGGUACACAUGGCACCAACCAACAGGUGGCCAUGCAAAUGCCUGUGAGCACAUCCCAUCCUAACAAACAGAUCAGUAUCCCCUUGUCUGCCCUGCAGCUGCCUGGACAGGAUGAGCAAGUUGCCUCUGAAGAGUUCCUGUCCCAUCUGCCCAGCCAGGUCUCCUCCUGUGAGGUAGCCCUUUCUCCCUCAGUUAACACAGAGCCAGAAGUGAGCUCCAGUCAGCAGCAGCCCCCAGUUGCUCCAGCCAUAACCACUGAGGCCACAGCACAGUGCAUACCAGACCAGGAUGAAAGAGCAGCUGAGCUCAGCAGGGAGCAGAACGAGAAAACCAUCCGGAGCACGCAGACCGCGCUCCGCAAUUUCCGUGAGUUCCUCAUCUCCAAGUAUCCUUCUGAAACAAGAGAGAUUUAUGUCAUCCCUUGCAAGGAGUUGGAUGCCUACCUUGCCUCAUUCUUUGUUGAUGCCAGGCAGAAGGAUGGGUCCGAAUACGAACCCAACAGCUUGGCCAAUUACCAGUGUGGGCUCGAAAGGUACCUGAAAGAACACAGGUAUGGCUAUAGCAUCACCAGGGAUAAGGAAUUCAAGCGUUCCCAAGAGGCCCUGAAGCAGAAGCAAAUUGAACUCCGCUGUAAAGGAAAAGGAAAUAAGCCACACAAGUCCAUGAAGCUCACCUUUGCUGAUGAGCUCAUCCUGCGGAAAAGGGGACUGCUAAGCCGAUAUAACCCCGAGGGUUUGCUCAACCUAGUCUGGCUCAACAACACAAAAGCUUUUGGGCAUUGCACAGGCUUCCAUGGAUCUACCUUAAAAUGGGGUGAUAUCCGGCUCCGGGUAACAGAGACAGGUCUAGAGUACUUGGAGUGGAUGGGUCAGGACACUGGAGACUUGAAUGCCAAAACCAAGAGAGGGGGGACAGACUCCCGUGUGUAUGCCACCCAGCAUGCCCCACAGACCUGCCCUGUCCAGGACUAUAAGGAGUAUGCCCAGCGGCGGCCUCCCGCCAUGCGCUACGAGGAUGCCCCUUUUUACUUAUCCAUCAAGCCAGUCGUGAACCUGGCGGCUCUGCAUUGGUACAACUGCCAGGCCCUUGGCAAGAACAAGCUGGCCAAGAUGGUGAAGACCAUGUGUGAGAAGGGCAACAUCCCUGGCAGGAAAACCAACUUCAGUGUGUAUCAGAGCUGCAGCACCUUGUCUGAGGCCCAGAGCAACCAGCUCGUGCUGAUCUGUAACAAUCUGAGCCAGCAGGCCGCCCAGUCAGUGGCCGGCCACUCCAACAAUGGCAAUUUCAUCGUCUCCGCCUCCUAUGACUCUUCCUCAGACACCGCUUGACCAGGUGGCUUGAGCAAGACUCCAGUUUGGUUACUGUGUCCAGAGAAACUGUGAUUAUACACCGCUUCUCAUUCCCCUUCCUGUGCCCUCAGUGUUAAUUCACUUUAUAAAAAUAUAAAUAUAUAAUAUAUUUUUCUUUUUACAAAUAAGCCAAUGGAGAUAAUUUAGUAUUACUAACAUAGUAUUUAUAGGCUUAAGACAAAUGUACUUGUGGGUGAUCAAAUGUAAUUACUGUUACAGACUUUACGAAACCAUACGUGGUUCUCAGGCAACACAAAGUAGAGAGGGAAUUCUGUUUUUUAAAAACUGUCAAAAAGGAAAUUGAGAGUCAUCCUAGACUUACAUGCUUGCGUCCUCAACUCCUGCUUUUCCUUCCUACCCCAACUCCCAUUUUUUGUCUCCUUAAUAAAUGGCUUUAUUUUUUUAAUUUUUAAAAUUCUGUAUUAAUCAAGAGGAGACAUUAACUUUACUGCUGACACAAAACUGUAUUCAGCUAGAUCCACAAUAUGAAAGUGUAUAAGCUCAACAUCAAAUUAUUUACAUCUUCUCUUUUUUUAGCUUAAUUAGAGUUUUAGCUCCUGUGCCUCAUUUUUUACAAUGUACGAAAAUCUAGAUGUUUAGCUAACAUCUUUUCUUUUUGGGGGGAAAGGGUAGAAGGAGGGAAUAAAGGUGCCAUUCUUUUUGGGAGAUACAUGAUUUUAAAAUAAUACGCAAAGUCUAAUAUUGUGGCUAAAAAGACUGUUACAUAGCUCAUUUUAACUAUUGUGCUUGAACCUGGAAAGAAUGUUUCUUUUUUUGUCCCUAAGAAAUGGGUAUAAAUGAAGUUUGACAGGAAAUUUAAAGCUACCAAAGCUUUGAAAAUGUUGCCAAGCAUUAGAUUGCCUAUAAAGAAGGUAAAAGGUGGAAAGUCUUACUAAAAAUCUAGAAGCAGUAGUCGAGACAACAAAAAAACUCAUCCUCUUCAAAGUUCAUAUUCCCCGAAUUAUUUACUUAGAAGCAUUAAACAGUCUCUUUUCUCCUGAGGCAAGGGUGUGUAUUCGACUCUGUGAUUGAGAUCCAAGGAAUAUUGGCACUCGUUUUAGGUAACAAUAUUUUGUUACCAGAUUUUGCUGAAUUCAAAGCAUUCUUGAAAAUGUGCGAGAUUUUUCUAUAGUAAAUAUAAAUGCAUUUAUCUGUGAUAUCCUGCAAUUAUUAUAAUAAUUUUGGUUAAACAUAUGUGGCAGUUUUUCCAAGGUCUUUGUUUUCAAGUCUUGAUGCCUGUGGUGAAUUAUUAGUUAAGAUAUUUCAAAAAUAAAAUAAAUUUAGACUUUAGAGCCACAAUAAAGCUGAGCUAGGUUCCUAUUCUGUAUAAUCAGCAACACACAGAAACUCCAAAUCUUGAUUGUUUUGUUGGACCUAUGAAUUCUAUUGGGAAAUAUUUGUUCUUCAAGGCAACCUCAUAAUUCACAUUAGCUAGAAAGGUAGGUGGUAUUUUGUACAUUAAUUUAGUGUAUAACCAGGACAAAUUUCAUUCUGAAUUGCUUUGCUAAAUCAUCACAGAGCUGAGCUCUCCCAUGGUCAGGGAACUCCUUCCAACACCAAGUCAUAAACACAUAAAGACCCGUUCCUCUAAGCUGUGACCUUUCAUCUGGCUAAGGAGUGGGAAGUCAGCCGUGGACUUUGUGUCGUGGAGUUAACCUCAUGUUCAUGACUUUUCCUCCAUAGAGAAGUAUUCAUUUAUACAUCCAGAAACAAGAAGAAAGGGCAGAGAAUGUCUUGCUUUAUGUUUUUGUAUUGAUAGUGAUGAGAGCUGCCAUUUUUGAGCCAGCAUGCAUGCCAGCACUCUGCUAAGUGACUUACAUGGAUCACAUAUGUAAGUCAGUUACUAAUCGUAAAAAAAAAGAAAAAAAAUAGGAAAACACAGAUAAGGAUAAAGAAAACAAAAUACGUACUCAUAAGUCUUCUAGCCAAAGAUAACUACUGUUAACAUUUUGGCAAAUAUUUCUUCAGACAUAUUGCAGUACUUACAUAUUUAUUUCUAUAUAUAUUAAUAUUUUCAGCAACUUUGAAAAGGUGAGUUAUCUUUAUUUUGUGGUCAGGUCAAGAUAAGUCAAUUAGGUCAUAGCUAAAGAAAUGGUAGUCUGUCAUUUCACUCCAGAGUUUUUUUCUAUUUAAGUUUCUCAGUACCAGUUCAUCAUUAAUUUCCAGUGGUUUGAUCCAGAGCUGGGGACACAGUGUCUUAACAUCUCUGAAGGAUGUCUGAUCAAAAGGAAUGCUGAGUGAUCUUCCAUGGUGGCAGCAUGUCCUCUAGUCCUCUCCCACACCCAUACAUUUGGAGCCACAGAGCCUCUUUCUCCCAGUUCUCUUUACAAAACCUUCCUGUUCGCCUUAUUCUAUAGUUAGUCCUUACGGCAUCAGACAGCCUACUUAAAGGGAACUCUGAAACUCUAAUGUUUAAAAAAAGUUCUCUGUAAAACACUUAAAAUGUUAUGGUGCAUUUAAUUUUUAAUUGACAUAGUUUCUAAAUUUUUGAUAUGUUUCUGACAGCACAGUAAGUUUGUCUUAAGGAAGAAGAGUAGUCAGUAUGCACUGUGAAAGCAGAACUAGAAAAUGUCAGUUCCCUAUCUGUGUUUAUUGAGGUACUAAAAUGAAAAUCUUUGUCCUGCUUAAUCAUAUUGCAUCUUCAUUUAGAAGAACACAAUUAAAUUGAGAAUGUGAAUUAUUUUUAUUUAUUUAUAUUUUUAUUUGAUAACUCAAACCAAAUAGGAACAUUGUGACUUUUAGUUUCAGAGAACUGUUUUCUGAUUAAUGGCUUGGUAGAAGCCUAGCCAAAUUACAGUAUCAGUCUUUUUUUGUUUGUUUGUUUGUUUGAACAGAGACAGGGUCUUACUCUAUCGCCCAGGCUGGAGUGCAGAGGUGCAGUCAUGGCUCCCUGUCAACCUCAAACUCCGGGGCUCAAGAGAUCCUCCCGCCUCAGCCUCCCAAGUAGCGGGAACUACAAGCGCACACCAUCACACUUGGCUAAUUUUUUGUAGAGAUGGGGUCUCACUGUGUUGCCCAGGCUGGUCUCGAACUCCUAGCCUCAAGAGAUCCUCCUGCCUUGGCCUCCCAAAGUGCUGGCGUUAUCUCUUGGAGUUACUUACAGUAUGAAAAAUCUACAACUACCUCUAAAUUUUGUUUUUAUCUAAAUGAUACUGAGAAGAUAGCAUUGCCAGAUGCCAUUUUUAUUAUUUGGAAUAUUAACUUAAGAAAAAAUCAUGUUCAUGCUGUGGCAGAGGCAGAUGUCAAAAUUGCAUAUAUACUUUAGCAAAAAAUCAGCAGUCCAGGAGAUGUUCACCACAACUGAAUGUGCUGCCUUUUCAGGCAAUCCUGUGGCUCAAAUAAAGCCAUAUUUGCAGUGCUUACACUUUAAGAUCAAUGUAAUGUCAUGUAAGAAACCCUCCAGUGUUCCUCACAUGACUGAAAGUUUUGCACUGUCUACAACAAAAACACUGAACACUGUCAGCAUUUGGAUAACAUAGCUGCAUAAUUUGGUCUUUCUACCAUAUUCAUGUGAGUGACUCUUGAAAACUAUAGAUGCUAGCUAUUUUUAAAAAACUAUAAUGUUUGAAAAAGUUAAGAGAUAGGAUAUUUAUUCAAGACAGCUUAUUCUAGAUUCCAUUUGAUAUCAUGGUUAUUAGGGCUAGUCUGAAUAUGACUUAUAAAUAUAUAUCAGCAAUUUAGGAUAUUUAUAAUUAUUUUUCCCUAUGGUUAAAUUUUCCCUAUGUUAAAUCACUGCCUGUUCUACAAAAGAGUAGUCUGAAAAUCUUCUGGCAUACAUUUGAUCUCUUUGGUUUUUCAAUUGGAUUAUUAUUAGCUGAAACUUUCAUAGCAUUUACUUGACUAAAUCGUAUGGCUUAGCUUCAGAUGCCAUGAAAUCAAUGACUUUAUUGAGAUGAGAAUUUGUAGCCACAUCAACAAUAUUUAUUGAACAGCUAGGGGCCAAACUUGGAGGGGUAUAAAGACACAUGAAAUAGUCCCUGCUCUCAAAGAAUUUAUAAAAGACAUUGUAAUAAAAGUUAGUUCAUUUUUGAGAGCCCAGCAAAAAACUCUAUGCUAAUACUAUUUUGCAUAGUUUUCCAAACUUUGUACCCAUGCAAUUUAUCCAUUAUUUAUUCGUUGAAUAUGUUGGUCUGCUGCGGAAUACAUAAUUCUGCUUUGAGUAUUUUCUGGAGAAUCUUUCUUAGAGCCUGUUUUAAAAUCAAUAAAGUGAAGGCAUUUCUGUACCAUCCACUGUGUUCAUGUAGGUGCACAUAUGCAUCAGAGUGUACAGAUCUGUCAUCAAUGACUAUCACCUCUUGAGCACUGACAAUGUGCCAUUGUACUGAGUGCUUUAUAAGUUGUUUCACUUAAUUCUCACAAUAGUCCCAUUAGGUAAGUAUUAUUAUUUCCCUUUUAUAAUUGAGGAAAUCCAGAAAAGUCAAAUGGCUUGCCCAUGUCACAGUUAAUAUGUAAGAGCAUCCGUAUCUGAAAUUAGAUCCAGAGCCCAUUAAGCACUCUUUUUUUCUGCUGUAGCUACUUGUUCAAGAAGUGAUUUGCUGUGCUUCUGUAGACCCUAUGAAGUUAUAAAUUAUAAAUGAAAUCCCAGGUGUAAUAAAAUCAUCAAAUUAACUCAACUCAUUGAUUGAGAUCAAUGUUAGCACAACAUUAUUUAGGCGCCAUUACUGUAGUAUUUUGAGAUGAGAUAUUAAGCAGUUUGUUUACCCCUGGUUACCAGCAGAGAGCAGAAGUUUGUGUCACUCUAAAAAACAGCUAACUUUGUCAUGGAGGCAAGUGUGUAUAUGUGUAUAAUUUAUUUUUACCCCAAUUAAAGCCAAAACCCCAAUUUGAAGAGAGUCCUUUAUAAUUCAGGCAGGGAAGUGGGAGGGUCUAGGCAGAGGGACUGCCUAUAAGCCAGUAUCGAUUGCCAUUGACCAGAUACUAAAUAUGAAUUAGAGGUAGACUGUGAACCUAUUCAGAUUUUUUCUCGUUCGACUAUCUGAAGUUUAAUGUGAGACAGACACUUCUGAUCUUAAUCAGCCCUCUUCUGACUGAUUUUCUUUAUCUAUAGGAAAGUUAUAUUUUGAUCCUUAUUUCUCUAGCCAAAAUAAAGCUGUAAUACUAAGCACCUGUAAAUAAAAACUCUCUCCCAUAUGAUAGAAGAAAUAGAUACCUAAGCCUAGGGAGGAAAGUCAAGGGGAAUGUAUAAUUUCUUGGAGCAAGAUAUCUUUUAAAGCGUUCAUUAAAAAAUAGUUACAAGUACUGAAAGAAUUAGCAAGUUCUCUAUGAGCUUAAUAAAUGUUUCCCAGAUAGAAUUCUAUUAUACAAGAUAUGUCUCUGUACAUCUACCAUACAAUAUGGUACAGAUAGGCAGUGAUCAGUUAAGAAAUGCACAUUGGCAAGGGCAUCCUCAAUCGUUGUUUAAUGCAUGGUAUUCAAACAUUGCUUUCCCUUCCCACUUGGAUCUGGUUAAGAUGAUAUUGAGUGCAUAGCCUUUCAUAAAGCAAAGUGAUGAAGCUAGGAUAAUUUUAGAGAUCCUUGCCAUCAAAUAGAACUGGAAUAAAGAAAUACAUUGCAGAUAUCAUCCUGUUGGGAGUUGGUGUAUUUCUAGUGAUAUAACAACAGAAAAGAAGAGAUGAUAUUGACGGAGUACCAAGAACUCUAAUUUUACUUUUCUAAACAGAAAAGGAAGACAUUUAAAAUUCCUCAUGGUCCAGCCUGUUUGUAAAUUGACCAGUUGGGCCUGCCAAAGCUGAGCAAAAGCUUGAAAAUUAUUUUUUAAUGGCAUUUUAAUACACUUAACGUUGAGUUCUUAUGUAAACAAUGACUUUUGUGAAUUAGAACCAGAGUAUUAAUUAGGUCAGAGUCCCAGUUUGAUUAGAAUAUUAAUUAGGUCUGAGUGUUAAUGUAAACCAUUGUCUUUGUUGAAUUAUUAGUCACAGAGGCUAGAUCUGGAAAGGACCCAAGAGAUCAUCUAGCCCAGUGAUUUUCAAUGCUGUGAAGAGUAGGAGUCACCACGUCUUCAUGUAGGUGGGGAGUGGGGAGCGCAAGGAGAUAGAAAUAGCCAAGAGAACACAACCUCACACAAAUUCCCCGGAGGUCUCAUGUUUCCUACCCCUUCCCCUCCUUCUUUGAGACUCACUAGACUGACUGAGCUGCUGUUCCCUCUGGAAUACAUCCUUCAGUUGUGCUAGCUGGAAAAUAAAAUUGGAAACAUUUAAUCUACCUUUUAAUGUAUUUAUUUGUUUUUCAAGACAGGGUCUCGCUCUGUUGUCCAGGCUGGAGUGCAGUGGCACAAUCAAGACUCACUGCAGUGGCACUGCCGCCUUGAACUCCUGGGCUCAAGCAAUCCUCCCAACUCAACUUCCUGAGUAGCUGGGACUCCAGGUUCAUACCACCCUGCCUGACUAAUUUUUAAAAAUUUUUUGUAGACAUGGGAUCUCACUGUGUUGCCCAGGCUGGUCUCAAACUCCUGGACUCAAGUGAUCCCCCCACCUCAGCCUCCCAAAGUGCUAGAAUUACAGGCAUGAGCCACUGCUCUGACCUCAUCCACCCUUUUACAAAAGAGGCAAUAGCCCCAGAGAAAGGAGGUGAAUGUCCAGGUGCUCACCACCCUCUUAGGGUGUGAGCUUUCCCUUGUCAGGGUUAAAGCCGGGACUAGAAGCAGGCACCCUGACUUCCUGUCCACAGGUAGAGUUUAGAGAGGAAAAACAACCCUAUAUUUCUACUUCUUCUUUUCCAAAUUUUAAUUGUUUUUAAAACCCACAAAUUUCUCUCAGGAGUAGAUUCAAGCUGCCAAGUUCCAAUAGGCUGUUUUUGAAUGUGACAUUUCACUUUUCAUUGUGUUGUGUUACAUCUUAGUUUUAGCAGCUUUUCUUUUUGGAGUUUGAUAGGAAAAUCUGUAAAUGUAAUUGUUCUUUGAUUCUAACAAACAUCUCUCAGCCUACCCAAUUUAUAUUUAGUUUUCAGUUAUGGAGGGGAAACUACAGUCUUCAAGAAUAUCAAUUCUAGUUAUAGAUUAUGAACAAAAACACAUUUUUGUUUAAUUUGAUAUUCACUUGGAUAUCGAGCUACAUAGCAUCUAUACUACUGGUUCUGAAUGCAACCCACAAUAUUUUUUAGUCUGGCAAGUUUUAAAAAUCGUAUUUAAAGUUUUGGGACAUAUCCUCAGUCAAAAGGAUCAAAUUUCUAUCAACAUAAUUAGGAAGUUUCUGAAGUAAAUUUAUUUAGAGAUAGUAAAGGGGAAAAAUGGUAACUAAGGAAAGAGGCCUACAGUAAGUAGAUGUAGAAAUUCAAACUUACUUAAAUGCAAAUUAUUUGUAUUUCUCAUCUUGCUUACUCUUCUGAAAAGGAACUCAAGCAUAAAUAUUUAAACGUUUCACAAAUUUUUAUUUUACAAAUCAUAUUUACCAGAUCAUAGUUGAAAAAGUUCAAAUUUUAGAUGUUUUUUAAAAAGAUGCAGUGUGAUUUGUCUUUUUUUUUUGUAAUGUUGAAUUGUGUUAGACUUCUAAUGUUUGUCUUGAUAUUACACGGGAAUUAGCAUUUUUACCAUUUAUACAUUCAUUUCAAUAAGAGCUUUGAAAAUGCUUUGGCAUUGUUUGUUUGUGAUAAGUAGAAUUAGGAAGAUAUCAGCAAUAUAGAUUCCUAACAGUAAUUGUGUAUACUGUGUUUUAGUGAUUUUUAUGUCCAUUUAUUUUCUGUAAUUCUUUUAUAAAUCCCUUAGUGUACUUCCACUAGAAAUUAAUUUGUAAUUGUUUAUUUAUAUUGGAUGAAGUAGGAGGUCCAUGUUUAGUAUUAACCCACUCAGAUUAACUUUAUCUAACUGAACUUUUAUAUCUAUAACCCAUUAGAUUGUUACAACUUUUUAAACAGCAUUUAUAACGAAAUAACUUUUGUUUUAUAAAGCAUUUGUUACAAAAAAAAAAAAACACCUUGCCAAAAAUCAUUACGAUUUCUAUGCAUUGUGUAAUAUUCAGUGAUGUUGAGAUUUUGCAUGUUGUUACAGGUGCUCUUUCAUAUGUGUGUUUGUGGUGUUGAUGUGGAAUUGUUAACCACUGCUGCUAUCACUUAUUGUAGUUAAACUGAAAAACUGUGUUAAAAGGCUGUGCCAGUCAACAUUUCUAUGUGUGACUUAAGUAACUGUGUACUUCAUUGUUUAAUAUUUUGAGCCAGCACUUAGUGGCCUCUACAGAAGGAAAUAUUGUAGUUGUCAAAGUGGUGCCAAACUUGAAAAUCUUGUGUCAUAUUUAUAAUUCCAGGCCAGGUCAGCUUUUCUUCGACACUUUCCGAGCUCUUUGAAAGCAAAAAACAUUUGCAAAAAGAGAAAGAAAGCAAGAAUUCUGAACUUUUCUAAUACUCUCUCCUCUAGAAUUUUAAAUAUUUUUUUCUUUUGAUGUUUGAGUAUCUUACAGAAAAAUCCAAUCAAAUGACGAGCAGUAGAAUUUCCCUUGAUCUGGAUAUUUUUAGGCUGAACAGUGUAAUAGCAGAGGACUAUGAGGUGCAUACAUUAUUUUUGUUGGCUAUCAUGGCUUAUUGUUUGAAUUUCAUUUAAUAAGAAUAUUCAGGCUGGAGGUGGUGACUCACACCUGCAUUCCCAGCACUUUGGGAGACUGAGGCAGGCGGAUCACCUGAGAUCAGGAGUUCGAGGCCAGCCUGGCCAACAUGACGAAGCCCAGUCUCUACUAAAGAUACAAAAAUUAGCUGGGUGUGGUGGCUUACACCUGUAAUCUGAGCUACUUGGAAGGCUGAGGCAGGAGCAUCGUUUGAGCCCGGGAGGUGGAGGUUGUAGUGAUCUGAGAUCACACUACUGCACUCCAGCCUGGGUGAGGGAGCGAGGCUCCAACCCCCCCAAAAAAGAAAAAAAGAAUAUUCAGUAAUUUUAUUUCCUUUAUUAAGAACCAUUGAAACCUCACAGUUCCCACUUGUUAACUUUUACAUUCAGCAUGUACACAGACUUACUUAACAUACUUGGUUGCCUUAUGGCCAUCAGGAUUUUUUCAUGCCCACCUGUCUAGUUUGGUACCUGGUGUUUCCAUCUUGCCUCAGCAAUUCCAAACAAACUGAAAGUAAAGAGAAAAUCGUUUCAACAGAUUGACUCUACUACACAUUGUUAAAAUUUAAUAUGGGGGGAAUACCACUAUACUUUUAUUUAUACUCUUAAAAUGAGUGGGGGGAAGCUGUCAUAAAGUGUUAAGAAAAGAAGGCUGCUUCCUGUAGAGCCUUUUUACACCAACAUGCCAGAUCUCCACACUUGGUGCAGGGUUUCCUUCUGUCAGUUCAAUGGGCUUGUAAUUACAAGAUUCUUUUAAUAAAGGGGUAAUCUCCUGAAUUAUAUAGAAACUUUUUGUGUGACUGUCAGAUAUGCAGCAACAGCCAAUGCUGUAUUUGGACACAUUGCUGAUGAAAUUACUGAUUUAAUUCUAAGACUAUCGAAACUAAUUCGUCAAGGUCCCCACCACCUCUUUGCUUAAAGGAAAACAAAGGCAGAUUUUAACUGUGAGCCUCUCUUCUCUAGAAUAUGCUGUAGACAUUUGCCCCUCCAUGAGGUGAUAAAGCAAUAAAAAUAAAUUUAAUUAUGUGUGGUCUAAAGAAGUUCUACCUCUGUCCAUUGGCCUCCAGAGUCACACGGAAUUAUUUCUUGAUUCCUACAUCAGAGGUUUUCAGGCAGAGCCUUUGUACCAAGAAUUCCUUUUAUAUUUUGGACACCAAAGAUUAUGGCAUGAUAUAUCCUGAUGAUUAACAAUUUAGCAGUGGGCACAUUUAUUUGAGUCCUGCUCUUGGAUUUAUUUCCCACCUUUGGGUCUUACGUACAUUUUGUAUUUCUGUCCUGAGGACUUUUUGCCUCGGGCAAUUUUUAAAUCAAAUAUGUAUAUAUAUAUUUAUUAGGUUUCUAAUUUAUAGAGUUUCCAAUUUCUCCCACAAUUUUAAAUGUUUUCACUGCCAAAGUUAGAAGUAGAUUUGCUAGGUUAACCCCAUGGUCAGUAAUAGUUUGUACCUUUUAUGUUGUAGCCUGAAAAUGUAACUCUAACCCCGUAGGCCUGAAACCUGGUGGGAAGAUGACUGAAAGUGUUUUAGAUUCAACAGAUUGACUAUGUAUGACUUAUCUAUUAAAAUGAAGAACUUUCAUGGUUUAAUAGAAUGAAUGCUGUAUUCAACAAGGUCUUCCUUCUUAUACAUCUUAAGACUGUGUUUAAGCUUUCUUUCGCUUUUACUCUAUCCUUUGGAAGUUAAUUGGGAAUAAAAAGAUUUAUCAAUUUAGUCACUAUAAUUUAAGGUCAGGCAUCUGCUUGGAAAUACAAUAACCACAAUUAAUACUUAGAGAAAAUUGUGUCAACAGAUUAACUCUGCUAUUUGAAAAAAUAUAGUAGUGUUCUUUGAGGAUGCAUUUACUUUUCCCCAAAUUUGAUAGAUAGUUAUUUUUAUAUAUUUUUUCUGGCCACUUGGCUUUUAACUGAUUAACAUGAAAAAAGCACGUGUGCCUGUUUCACUCAAAUCAUAUUUUACAACUUUUUAAAAGCUGCUACAGUUACAGUUUGUGAAAGAGGAGAAAGGUGAAUUGCAACAGAGGGAAAUUACUGUUACUGUGUCAAAUAUGUGACUGAUGCUUUUGGUCAGAUAAUCUGCUGCCUGUCAAUAUUUGUAAUAACAGAAUUUUUUGUUAAGAGUACUCUCAGUUUCAUCUUUAUUUUGCUGCUCACUGAUUUUUUACACUAAGAUGUUCUCAUCUUUGUCAACUCACUGUUUUUUGCUUCAUAUUUGUCUGUACUUGUGCUCUAAAUAAAAAUCUAGUUUUAUGUCUAGUUUAUUCCAUUGUGUGUAUAAUGUUUGCCUCUGAUGUAGUGUAAUUUUCUAUUGUUUUUGAUGUUUGUUGGUACAGCCUAAAACUUAUGGAAAUAAGAAAAGCAAUCCAAUAAAGUCAGCUAAUGAGUGUCAA